GGUGUCAAUAUAAAGUGACGGCCAUAUUUGCCGGUGCGGCUGCUGUAAACAAAAAGUGUCUGAGAGAGACAGAGACGCUUCAGUGAAUUUCAGGACAUUUUUAUUUCUUUAAUUUAUAAUGUCUCUGGGAAUGUCUUACAAACCCAACCUCCACCCGCACAUUCCUGGGACUUCCGUGAACCAAGUCGGGAAUGUCCACUCUCCUUCCACGAGCUUAGCCACACUGCAGUCUUACCGGCCACUGGUGAAUGACUACGGGCUGCCAUCCUUGGGAUUUUCACAGGGGACCAGCGGAAAUCAAGUGCCUCAAAGUAAAUAUGCAGAACUCCUAGCCAUCAUCGAAGAGCUGGGCAAAGAAAUCAGACCGACGUAUGCUGGGAGUAAAAGUGCCAUGGAGAGACUAAAACGAGGGAUCAUUCACGCUAGAGGACUGGUACGCGAGUGCUUGGCGGAAACGGAGAGAAACGCCAGGUCCUAACCACGGGAACAAUGCUUUCACACAGAAACCCUGAACAGCAUCUCGCAACCCUGCCUUCUAAUCAUUCUCUUUUCAGGAAAGCCAGAUAGCUUUCCAGGAAAGCCAGAUAGCUUUCCAAAUAAUAAUAAUAAUAAAAAACUUUUGACGUCUGGCCUGAAGAAUGCAGAAACGAAAGCUAAAAGACCAGUAUAUAAAACUAUACUUGACAUGAACCUCUUCAAGGGUUCUUUAUUCUUUUUUUUUCCAUAGGGGGAUUUCUGAUUCUUUCUUGACUGCUUAUAUAUAAAAAAAAAUAAAAAAAAUAAAUAAAAAUCUGAUGACUUUGCAUGCAUGGUAGCAAGUGCUCCCAAUUAAAAUUUAAAACUGCAUGGCUUGUACAGAUUUAGACUGUAGCAAGGGACAUUUUAAGAUGGAAUAGGGCCUAAGAUUCAAUAUUUUUAACACACUAAUACUUAGGAGACUGAGAAAAGGAUAGUGCCAAAUACACCACACACCGGAUUUGGAUAAACUAUUGUAAUAAAGCCAUUAUUUGCAUCUUUGUAUGUAUUUAUUACUCAGUGUAAUAAAACUUAUUUUCAUUAAGA